UAUAUAUAUAUAUUUGGUUCAAUAUGUUCAAUACAAAAAAUAAAAAUCCCUCCCUAUUCUAUUCAAACUGCUAUUAAGAGCAGACCAAAUCUAAACCUGAGACUAUGGUUUCCUCUGUUACUCUAUAUGUGACCCUGGACCACAAAACCAGUCAUUUUUCGCUGAAUAAAUAGCUUUCCAUUGAUGUAUGGUUUGUUAUGAUAGGACAAUAUUUGGCUGAGAUGCAACUAUUUGAAAAUCUGGAAUCUGAGGGUGCAAAAAAAUCUAAAUAUUGAGAAAAUCACCUUUAAAGUUGUCCAAAUGAAGUUCUUAGCAAUGCAUAUUACUAAUCAAAAAUUAAGUUUUGAUAUAUUUACGGUAGGAAAUUUACAAAAUAUCUUCAUGGAACAUGAUCUUUACUUAAUAUCCUAAUGAUUUUUGGCAUAAAAGAGAAAUCUAUCAUUUUGACCCAUACAGUGUAUUGUUGGCUAUUGCUACAAAUAUACCUCUGUGCUGCUUAUGACUGCUUUUGUGCUCCAGGGUCACAUAUUUAUCAACAACUCUAUGCAUGCUUUAAAACCAUCGUUUCUGCCAUCUAUUCUUCACGUCUAUUCUUUCACUCUAUACUAUACUUUACCUGCAUAUCUCCAUUUCCUAUUACUCCCACACUCUCAGAAAUAAAGGUACAAAAGCUGUCACUGGGAGUGUGCAUGUGCUGGUAUCCAACAGAAAACUACAUAAAUCCCCACCAUCUGAAUCCCAUCUGCUCUCUGAAACACCAUGUUUCUCUGGACUGAAGGUUCAUGUUACCUCUCAGCUGUCUCUGUGGUCUAUUUCUACUCUCCUCUCACUCUUCUUCAGCACAUGGGACUUAGUCUGUUACACGCCUGCAGCAAUGAGUUUAAUUAGAGGGCUACUUUCCACUCUAUACUACCUUCCAGCGGUUUAUAAAUGGUUUUAUCGGCCGUAUUAUUUGCUGUCCCUGCUGAUGAGCCUGGCGUUUGCCAUCGUCCGCAGCUGUCCGGGACUGUGUGAGCAUUUACCGUCUCAGAGAGAGGACAACAACUCCUGCGCCUUUGACUGGAGGGAGUUGGAGAUUUUAAUGUUUCUCAGUGCUAUUGUCAUGAUGAAGAACCGCAGAGCCAUAACACUGGAGCAGCACAUAGGGAAUAUAUUUCUCUUCAGUAAGGUGGCGAACGUGGUGCUGUUUUUCCGAGUGGAUCUGAGACUUGGCCUUCUCUACCUCACGCUGUGUGUGGUGUUUCUGAUCACAUGUAAACCACCGAUCUUCAUGGGCCCCGAGUACAUCACAUACUUCAGUGACUCAACGAUAGACGAAGAGCUGCAGAGGGACGGUCGUGUGACGUGGAUCGUUGAGUUUUAUGCCAACUGGUCUUCAGAGUGUCAGUCAUUUGCACCCAUUUUUGCCGACCUGUCACUCAAGUAUAACUGCUUAGGCCUCAAAUUUGGAAAAGUGGACAUUGGACAAUAUGGAGCAGUUGCCGAGAGGUAUAAGGUGAACCCCUCGCCGCUCUGCAAGCAGCUGCCCUCGCUCUUGCUCCUGCAGGGCGGUCGAGAAAUCAUGCGCCGUCCGUUACUGGACAAGAAGGGAAGAGCCAUCGGGUGGAGUUUCACUGAGGAAGAUAUCAUUCGAGAGUUCAACCUAAAUGAGAUAUUCCAGAGAUUUAAGAAAUUUAGCAAGGGAGAGGAGCCUGAGGACCUGAAGACGCUCCUACAGGAGGCUCCUGAAGAAGAGCAGCCACACGAGGACGAGCCAGAGAGCAAAAAAGACAAAUAAGACAGAACUGAAAAGCAUUUAUGACUUUCCUGAGCACAUCAUCUGCACAAAUGCCUCACGUGUGGAAACUCUUCCUGUUCACUUUAAUCUCGACUACGACUUUCAUUUUAGUUUACAGGAAACUUUUUUUGCAGGGAAAAAAUUAAAAUUUGCACCAUGAGUCAAAACAUAAAUCUGUGAUUUUCAAACAGCUGCGCUUGCUUUCAUAUUCUGGCCUCUGGCUUUUUAUAAUAAACGCAUUCAAUGUGUCUUACAGUUUGUUCUAGGCCAUAUUCUUUACAUUCAUUCUCCGCAUUGACAGAAAUUUUUUUUUGAUUGUUUUAUGCAUUUGCCCUUGAAAUGUUCAAAGACUGAACAAAUGUUUUUAAGACUGCUGAGUAAAUCAUGUUUGUUUGAGCAUUAGUUAUUAAAAUUACACAUUCUUAAAGAAAUAUACCAAAAAUGAACUUUCUGUCAUCAUUUCCUGAUUUAGAGUCUGUUUCAAAGUAGCUGAGAAAAAAAAAAAACCUUGCUCUGGUCCUUUCCAGGUAUUUUUUGGAUACAGACUUUCAACUUUCAAUGUCUUGCAGAAUAGUAGAGGAGGACUUUAAGAACCAGGAUCAGGAGACUUUGAAGCCUGAGAAAAGUUCUCUCUAUGUGAGUGAGUUCCAGAAAUUAUAUUAAAAUCAAACUAAUUAUUAUUUGUGACCCAGGAGCACAAAAGCAGUCAUAAGUUGCAGGGGUAUAUUUGUAGCAAUAGCCAAUAAUGCAUUGAAUGGGUCACCCAUUUUUCGCCAAAAAUCAUUAGGAUAUUAAGUAAAGAUCAUGUUCCAUAAAUAUAUCAAAACUUAAUUUUUGAUUAGUAAUAUGCAUUGCUAAGAACUUCAUUUGAAAAGAUUUUUCUCAAUAUUUUGAUUUUUUUGCACCCUCAGAUUCCAGAUUUUCAAAUAUUGUCCUAUCAUAACAAAUCAUACAUCAAUGGAAAGCUAAUUUAUUCAGCUUUCAGAUGAUGUAUAAAUCUCAAUAGAUCAUUAUGACUAUCACACAAAUAUUGGUCCUGGGUCACAUUUUUGCUCAUAUCAACGUUUGGCUAAAAU